UUAUGGGGUGUGAAUGAUCCUGUGACACACUGCCAAUUUUGCAUGUCUAUCUUAGUUGCUUUGCAAGUAUGUGUCUCUUUUUGGAGAACUCAACGGGGGACAAGACCCCCAAUAACUUUUCAUUUAUAAUUUGUGUCUCAAGUAUGCGAGCUUCACUUUUCAAACAAGGCAAGUUAUUUGAUAACGAUUUCUUUUAAAUAUACUACCGAUGCCAUUUAACUAUUAAAUGACAAACUUUUAUGGGGAUGUGUUUUGUCCAUUGGCCAGGUCCAUACGGCAGGUGUGGCUGGUUGUGGUCGUGCCCACUGACCAGGGUUCCAACCCUGGUAUUGCACCCAAAAAAAACCCCCUCGCUGUGCUCGCUGGCUUGUGGCUGUGGUGCGUCGCCGGUCCAGGCUACGGUGCAGUGCGCCGGCCUGGGUUACGGUAUACGCCGGCCCAAGUUCGGUUUGGCCUAUAUGGGCAUGGGCCAGGGUUCGGGGAUUUUUCUCGGCCGGGGUCAUACGGUCCCUUCUUAAUUGCAACGCCGUGGGGGUGGUUCUUCCCCCACCGGUCGAGUUUUUUUAGUGAUUUCAGGCUAAAGAAGCUGCUGAAUCAGCUCUUAAGGAUGGAAAACAGCUACUGGAAAUCGAGUUCCCUACAGCUGGACUACAAAGUGUGCCAGUUCUUUCCUGAGGCAAAUGAGGUUACUUUUGCAAGACAAUCAGCCUUUGAAGGAUGUUCACUGAAGCUAGAUUAUCUAACAAAACCAUCCUUAUUUGAAGAUUUUGGUUUUACAACAAAAGUGAAAAUGGCAGAUCGUGUCAGACCAGAAGAUGAGACAUUCCUUGUGGCUUAUCCUUACUUCAAUGUCAAUGAAAUGCUUGUGGUUGAAGAGCUUUACAAGGAUGCAGUUGUUGGGACCAACCGGAAAUUGAUAAUAUUCAAUGGAGAACUAGACCGAAUAAGAAGUGGAUACUACCCGUCAUUCUUCUACCCUAAACUUGCAGUGCUUUCCAAAACAUUUCUCCCGAAACUGGACGCAGUUUACUAUAUUCACAAUUUCAAGGGAGUCAAAGGGGGAACGCUUUUCAGGUGCUAUCCUGGACCUUGGAAGGUCCUGAGAAAAGCAACGUCUGGCAGCUACAUUUGCUUGCAUCAGCAAGAGGAAAUGCCUUCGUUGAAGGAAGUGGCCCUCGACAUCCUUCCUUCUGUAUAGCUAGGAUCUGUCAAAGAGUUACGUGUCAACAAAAAUGUUUACAAAAAAGAAGUCAUGUACUGUUAUCUGGACAGUGCUUUGUGGCUGCUUUUUCUUUGGUUCGACAUAGGAAGGUAGAAAAGAUACCAACACGCUCUGAUCUACAUUUUUCAACUGCUUUGGUUUAUACUUCUGCACUAAGAGAGUGGAAGGUGCUUACUUCUAAGUUGAACAUUGUCGCUAUGGAAUGGUGCCCAUUGAGCAUCGUGUUUUGUGUAGGGAGAUUGAGAACUACUGAACACAUCAUAUUUCCAUUUUUGUGUUUGCGA